CUUAAGGUACACUACUAAUUUGAGCACCACAGCCACAAGUAAAGAGGAAAAAGAGUGAACCUGUAAAUAUACAGUCUUUGGAUCGGUGUAGGUAAAAUAUCAAUGUCUGGAUUUUCUGCCCUCUGCCUGGAAUUCUGGAACUUCUGGGAAAUCCACAGGUCUUUUACAUCUCGGGAACUAUUGUUCAAACCUGGACAUCAGGAAAUUUGCCUCUUUGGAAAUUUGUGACAAUCUAUUCUCGCCUCUUGCAUCUUGGCUCCGAACAACAGAAUCACAGUGAGGUCUUUUAAAACGAUUUUUCUGGAAUACUGGGUUUAUUUCAUGAUCUUUGGUAACUUCACCCACUCGGAAUCAUUGUGGGACCUAAUCUGAAACUGGAUCCCUUUUGCCUCCAAAGUCUGUCUUUGACUGAUUUUGGAAUACUGGGCACAAACCUUCAACUUCUUGUAGAAUUUUGAAUCUUGUAGAAUUGCACACUAAUCUGUGACACUUGGGCCUCAAUUAUUCUGAAGUAAGUUUUCCAUUAUUUCCUCAAAGUCUCUCAAUGGCUCAGUCAGGAUCCUGCCCUAACCCAGACUUCUCAUACGGCACUAUUGUCUACGCCCCUCUAGGUAUUUGUUCAGACCUGGAUACCCAGAGAGGAAGAGAGGAUGAGGAUGGAGACGAGGAUGAUGAGGUGGAAAUAGCCGAGGAAGUAGGGGAGGAGGUUCUGAUGAUGACCGAAUCAGAAGUGGGGCAAUCUAAAGUAGACAGCAGAGAACCAAGUGAAAGGGGGGAAGUCAAGAUUAUCCAAGGGGGGCUGUUAAUAAAUGAAGUGAUAAAAGAGGAGGAGGAAGGAGGAAAUGGGGAGGCAGGAGUGGAAGUGGAGGAUGAAGAGCACAACAUUAUAGAAGAAGAGACAAGAGAAACCGAAGCUGAGGAAAAGGGCAUAAAGACCAUGCUUGAACAUCCCUGUCACUUUUCUGGAUUGAUUAAGGUUGAGAAACUUCAAGAGCAGGUAUUAAGCAGCAACAAGGAAGAGGAAGGAGACAAGGAAGAUGAAGAAAACAAAUCAAAAGCAGGAAUAACAAGUUUGGAAACACAGGUAAGGGAAGAUAAGACCCCUGACAGAGACAACUGGUUAGAAGACCAGCAGAUAGAGUCCACCUCUUACAAUGAAGAGCAAGUUCAGCAUUCAGGUUGUCUUGGAGAAGAACCAGGAGAGGGUCCGCAGUGUUCAGAUAACUUGGACAAUGCGGAUGUUGUUACUUUACCCCCCAAUGGGGAUGUAACAAAAAGCUUUGAGUACUCAACAAUAUAUUUGACCUCCGUUACCACAGGGAUAAAAGAGCAAGUGAACUGUCAGGAGGAUCCAUGCCAAACCUCAACUGUUAAAAACAGUAGCAUAUCCUUUAAUAUGAUUCCUGUAAUUGAACUGGUGGCCAAUCAGACUGACCAAUUAAUUAGUGAGAAGAAUGAUGACAUGGAAAGCACUGCUGAAAAGGGCAACGCAGAAUCCAGUAAAACGGAAGUUGACAACAUUAAUAAUCUGAUCCAUAGGCAGCAGGAGGAUUUCAUAGAAGCAAAGGUUGAUGAUCAGGCAACAUACAAGUCUGUGGAAAAUACAAUGACCUCUCCCGAUGAUGAUGUAGAGCUAGUGGGUGAAGUAAAUCAGAAGGUAGAGACACCAGAUUUUGACCUUGAAGAACAGGAAUGUAUAGAAGGAGAGAUUGGGGAAACAAGGACGGUAGAGAUCAACAAGAAGGAGCAAGAUGAGAAGGAAGUGCAAAAUGGUGGGAUUAAUAUUCUAACAGUGAUGGAUGGAAGUGGACAAAGUACAGAACAGGAUUGGAAGAAGGGUGCUAAAGAUAUUACAGAGUCAAUGGGGGAGGAAGAACUCAGAGGAAGAAUUGAUCUAAAAAUGCAGAAUGAUAAGAUUGCUAAAGUUGAAAACCAGGCUGAUGAGGAUUCCCCAGAACAGGUAUCGCGGAGUGUGGAGGAGGUACCAUUGGGCCAGCAGCGAGAUGUAGAACUGGAGCAGGUGGAGAAAGCCUUUGAAAAGGAGGAAGGGAGUGAGGAUCUACCUGAUAACCCUGGAGGAGAGGUCACAUCAGACCAGAAUGAGUCCACAACAGAGCAAGCAGUUGGUUUGCAAGAACAUCCUUUACAGCUGCACAAAGAAGGAAGAACCAAUUGGGAAGAAACAUGGGGCAGAGAUGAACGCCUUGUAGAAGACGAGAAGGGAGGAGAAGCAGAAGAAGAAGCAAAAGAGUUAGAGAUGGAAGAGCCUGUGACUGUUUUAGAUGACGAGACUGAAGAGAUGGAGGCCAGUCCAUGGACGGAAGAUAAAGAUCAAAAGCCUGCGUCUCUAACACCUCCUUCUGGACACACUGUAGUAGAGACAAUGGAUCCAGAUCAUCAAGAAGAGCAGCUUGAACUUGCUCCAGAGAAAGAUGAGAAAAUUACCGAUGGAAAAGAAGAGCAACAAAAGAGUGACAAACAGAGACAGGAAAAGGUAAAGAAGGAUGAGAAGCAGAAAGAUGAAGAGUUAGAAAAGGUAGAAAAUCAGAGCGAUGAUGAGGAAAAUGAAGCGAUGGGGGAGAAACACAGAGAUGAAGAGGGAGAGGUAGAGAAAGAAGAUGGGAAACAAAGUGAUGAACAACAACAGAUAGAGAAGGACGAAAAACUAAAAGAUGAAAAAGAAGAGGUGGAGAGGGAUGAAAAACACAGGGAUGAAGAAGAACAUGGGGAAAAAGAGGAGAGCCCAAACAGUGGCAACAGAGAAGUAGAAUUAGAUAUAAAUGGAAGAUUUAAAGGACCGGAACAAGCAAUGGAGAAUGGGAUCUUGUGUCAGGAGCCACAGCCUCACAGGAUGGAAGAAUUAGGGACGGUAAGAGUGCUGCCGCCCAGAAGGAAGGAUAACGACUGGAGCAAAAAAGUGCAACCAGAGGAAGAGAGAGCCCCAGAAGUGAAACUCUGGAGGAAUGAACUGAGGCCUGUGAAAAAAGAUGUCUGGGAAUCUGAGAGGGGAAGAGUAGAGGGAGAGAAAAGUCCUCCAAGGAAGGAGGAAUGGAUAAAGGAGCUGAAGUCAGUGAUCAAACACGAUACUCGGCCCAAGAAGAGGGACGAAAAGGCAAAGGAAAAGAGAGUGGUGCUGUUGGAGGAUGGCCACUCGUACAUCCCCCAGCGGGAGGAGAUGAUCAAAGAGAAGAUGGAGGAGGUGAAACUGAUGUCCCACAGGAGAAUGGAGAGGCCUUUGGCACCUGUGCGUGGCAACAGAAACACACCUCGGGACCAGGACUACGAGAUCUCCCUGUAUGUCAAGGCGGGAAGUGACGGAGAGAGCAUUGGCAACUGUCCAUUCUCUCAGAGACUCUUUAUGAUCCUGUGGCUUAAAGGAGUCAUCUUCAACGUCACCACGGUUGACCUCAAACGGAAGCCGGCUGACCUGCAGGACCUCGCCCCUGGAACAAACCCUCCUUUUGUGACCUUCAAUGGCGAAGUCAAAGUUGACGUCAACAAGAUCGAGGAGUUCCUGGAGGAGAAACUGACCCCACCCCGCUACCCCAGACUGGCUCCCAAACAUCCUGAAGCCAACACAGCGGGAAUUGACGUGUUUGCCAAGUUCUCAGCAUACAUCAAAAAUCCGAGGAAAGACACCAACGACGCCUUAGAGAAGACCUUGCUGAAGUCUCUCCGGCGUCUUGAUGACUUCCUGAGAACUCUCCUGCCGGAGGAGAUUGAUGCUGAUGCUUCAGGGGACCUGCCUGAGUCUUCCAGGAGCUUUCUGGACGGGUCUGAGCUCACCCUGGCUGACUGCAACCUGCUGCCUAAGCUACACAUCCUGAAGGUGGUAGCCAAGAAGUACAGAGGUUUUGAAAUUCCAGCGGAGAUGACAGGGCUGUUGAGGUAUUUAAACUGCGCCUCUCAGAGGGAAGAGUUCACCAGCACCUGCCCCGCGGAGAGGGAGAUCCACUUUGCCUAUCUGGAUGUUGCGAAACAAAUCAAAUAGGCGCAAGAGUUGGAAAUGAAAAAUGGUGGUAAACCAUGAAAAAAUAUAUCAUGUGCGUCUGUAUGUAGUACAACAAGAAGACGUAGAGUAAGAAGCAUGACAAGUGAGAUGAAAUGGAAGAAGAAGUAGGAAAUGGAGAUUACUUGUGUAAUUAGAGCUCCGGGUUGUAGACUAGGCUAUGACAUAAUAAUAUAUCUAUUAACUCGUAACUUCUAACUGUAGUUUCCUCAUCCUGAUUACCUGUGUUACCUGUGUGGAGUGUGUUCUUGUCUUCAGUUUGUGUGUGUGUGUGUGUGUGUGUGUGUGCUCUCACAGGUUGGGUUGCACUGUCAUCUACUUAAUCUUUGUACCAUCCUUAUGUUGACCAACAUAAUCAUUUAACAACAAGUAAAGAGAGAGCUUGUAUAGUAAUUAUUAGUUUCACCUUUCAGAAGAUGGCCGGUCCACUUUCAUUACAAAAACAAAAUAAACAGCACAAUAAACAAAGUUUAGCUUAUCUAACGGGGUUUACUUGACCUCUCGUUUAAUAUUUUGUAUCAGAUCCUUCAAUAUAUACAUGUUGAAAUUAAAAGAACAUUACAUACACUGACACAAAAACUAAUGGUUUAUGUAGUAUAUGUUAAUUAGUGAGCUUUAGAUAUGCAGCUAAAGUUAAGCUUCAAAUUUACCGUGAAGGCAUUUCUUACACAUCUCUUGCUUGGAAAGAAAGAAAAUAAGAAUAUCUCCCCAAAUCUCUAGGUCCUGUUUCAUUCUGAGCUUUGGAGUUAAAGAUGAAGUCUCAUUACCAUGACAUAUUGACCUGUGUGUGGGAUUUGACAAACACAAUGUCAAUGCAGAAGAUUUUUCAAAGCCACUAAAGUUUUCCAUCCAGUGUUUUGCUGGUUCAUGGCCGAGGCAGCGAAAUGAUUAACCUGACACAUACACUAGGCCAAACAUGUGUGGGCUUGGACUGGACUCACACAGCUUUAUAAGACAGCAAAUAUUUGUCUCUUCUAAAUCUACAGCAAGUAUUCCUUUAGAGUCCAGUUCGUCAUCAUAGUUUAGUCCAUCAAUCGUUUUUGUGUUCCAAAUAGAGCGGCUGACGUAAGGUCUGAUUGACUGCUUGUUUCAUCUCAGAUCUUAGGAAGUGAAUCUUCCUACGAUGUUAUCAUCACUGAUAUCAUGCACAAAUUCCACGUCAGAGUACUGCAGGACCAGAGAGAGGUGCAUCAGAACCAGUCCUCAUAUAACCUCAUGACAUUGUGUCUCACUUCGGCCUACAAAUACAGUGAUACUCUCUGACGGUCGAAGAUGGAUCUGAGGUCAAAUCAAGGCACACAGGUCAAUUGUACAUUGUGCAAGCAGUUCAUUGUACUGAAUGUGUACUCUAUGCCAAUGCAAUGACACCAUGUCCUCAGGUUGUGAUCAUUGACGAUAUCCUGCCUUUGGUAUCUAAUGAUAAUAACAGAGUGUGAGCAGGACUUGGUGCUGAUUGGUUUGAGUGGCGAAGAUGACUUUGUGAUGGACUCGUUCUGAGAAUGCCGUUAUAAUCCUGUAGUCACGUACCCAGAGCAUCAAUGUUUAUGUCCCCCGAGAAUCACAUUUAUCCGUUGAAUAUAGUGCCUCGUGUCAUGGUAAUUAGCCAUUUCUAAAAACAAAACUGAUUUGAGUGUGACACAAUAAAAUGGUGUUUUUUAGUUUAAAUCAAUUUGGCAUUUUAUUAAAGGCUUUUGGGGACACAGUUCUAGUUCCCCCGAAUACAGCUAUAUUUCUUUAAAAUCAUUAGUUUGACUGGUGUGCAGAAGUGGUUUGGUGUGUUUUCUUUCAUCAAAACCACAACUUUGAUAGACAUCUUGGUGGGAGAUUGUCGGCACCAGGCCAGCUGAGACCCCAGCCUGCUGUGCUCUGGCCUUAUAUCCUCUCUGGGGAGAAUCUUUAAUAAAACUGAUUUUUAUCAAC